AUGAGCGCGAGCACCAGACGAACGACGGAAAAAGGAGGGGAGGGGAAGCCCCGGUUGGACGGCGAAGAGGGCAGCCCAGAGUCAUUCAUUGCAGCCAGUCAGGCAAAAGCCCUGGAGUCUCAAAGUCAAAGGGAAGGGGAAGCAGCAGGAAGAGUGGAAUCCGCUCUCUUCGCCCCCACCGCCCGCCUGGCGUCUCCGCCACCCGCACGCUCUCUCCGCCCGCUCGUAGCUUCUGGCUUCGUUCCGUUGGUUUGCGGAGAGAAGCGGGCCUGA